UGUAAACUGUCAAAGUUACGUUUCCUUCGCUUCUUCUAGAAUUUUUAUAUCAGCACAGGAUAAGUCGACAUAGUAUAAUAUGACAGACUCCGAAAGUUUAAGAGAAGCAAUCGCACAGUACGAACAGCAGCUAGCUCAAGUUCAAGCGACCUUAUCCGUGACAACUCAAGAAGCGGAUAGGGAGAAUUUAUUAAGUUUACAGUCAGACAUACAAGAACUGAUUACCUUAACAAAAGAAAGCUUGCAAGGUGUCGAAACUUAUAGCGAAGAUUUAGAUGACGAUGAGGAUGACGACACCGAUAAUGUUAGAGAUGAUCCCUUGGCAAUAGAAUAUGCCCUGUUCAAGGCAGAACUGGAGAAAACCUUGAAUGAUUCUAAGAAUAAAGAGCAGGAUAAACAAGAUGAUGGAGCUUCGAAUAAUAUAGAAGAUGAGUUGAGGCAGCUUAAAGGCAUGAAAUGUAGAGCUCCCCAUGGUAGCAGUUGGAGAGGCAUUAGUUAUCAUAAUGCUAUGAUAUGCUCUGUUUAUCAGAAUGACAACACAGAGAUAAAAAAUAUGCAAGAUAUAAAGGUCAGGGUACUUUUUCUAAAUCCAACACACAAAGAAAUGCUUCCAUGUCCUUAUUAUUUGGAUGGAAAAUGUAAAUUUUCUGAUAAAGAUUGCAGAUUUUCACAUGGAGAAUUAGUACCAUUAUCUAGCAUACAAGAAUAUAGAGAACCUGAUUUUCAAAGUAUAAAAAUGGGUAGUAGAGUACUAGCAAGGCAAAAAAAUCAAUUAUGGCACAGAUGUAUCGUACUAAAACUGCCAGAGAAAGAAGAUGAUGUAUUCCGAAUUAAAUUUGAAGCAAAUGGUAAUAUUAUAGAAGUUUUUCUGCAGGAUCUUUUACCCCUUGGUGACGCAGAUUUGGAAAUGUCAGAUACGUCGGAAGAAAGUGAUAGCGAAAGUGAUUUAACGGAAUAUUCUAGAGAAGAAAUAAUUCAUAAAUCUCUUCUCACGGUAGAAAGUAACACACCGCUAGGAAAUUGGGAAAAACACACGCGCGGCAUUGGAAGUAAAUUAAUGGCUCAGAUGGGAUAUGUAGUGGGCACUGGCCUUGGAAAACGUUCAGAUGGCAGAGUAGAACCAGUAGAAGCAACAGUGUUGCCAGCUGGUAAAUCUUUGGAUCAUUGUAUGAAAUUACGAGAAAAUGCGGGUGGAGAUAAAAAUCUAUUUUCUGUAGAAUGUAAACUGCGAAAACAGCGACAGAAACUGGAACAGCAAAGAGAAAAACAGUACCAAAGAGAAAAAGAGAGAGAAGAAAAUAAUGUGUUUAAUUUCAUAAAUGCAACCUUAGGUGAUAAACCUAAAUCUGAAAUGCAAAGAAAUAUUUCAAAAAAUAAAAAUAAUCUUAAAACAGAAUCAAAUCGGCAAUUAAACGUAGCACGUUUUCAAAUUGGAGAAAAUAUUUUAAGACUAGAAAGAGAAUCGACAAAAUUAAAAGAAUCAUUGGCAAGGCAUACAAAGGGAAGUGUUCAUUAUAACAACAUCAUAAUGAAGUAUAAUGAUACACAAAAAGAGUUAAUUAGUUUAAAAGCAUCUGACAGAAGUAUUGCUGCUGAGCAAGAUCAACGAAAGAACAGAGCCAAAUUAUCAAUAUUUUGA